AUGCGUUCCGACUAUGAUGUCAGUAACCUGAUGUACGGUGCCCAGGAGGCAGCCGAACUCGACUCUUAUCAAGGCGAGCCUAAACCCCGCCUGAAACCCUUGCUUCUAGAUACUGUCAUGCAAGGUCGGCCUCCUGUGUCCAACUGCCGGUUGCUUCAGAUGCCCAACGAGAUCUUGGCCAAGAUCGUCAGCUUUGUCGCUGAAGACGAGGAAGCCUUUCCCAAUAAGAUCAGACUUCUGCUCAAUCUCGCCCAGGGCAUGCUUGGGGACCGCAGUGGCCCCGGUAUUCCAGACUGUAUACGGAAAUUCACCUUCAAACCUGACGCAUACCAGGUUCGCGAUAUUCACCCUGGCGUUUGGCGCAGGUUCCAAGAAGACCCCGGUGUGGAGUACAGAGGAACUGCUGAAAUCAAGGAACAAGGCGCAAGGCUCUUGAAAAAUAUCCAACAUUCUGUGGCACUCAAUUUCAAGGCCAUGCGCAACCUCGAGACACUUGUUUAG